UUCGACGAGCAGCAGGCGUUUGAGCGGAGCCGCCGUUUCCUUCGACAGCUGGAGAUCAGCUUUGGAGACAAUCCGUCGCAUUACCAGAAGAUCAUCAAAGCUCUGCAGAUAGGCCAGGACCUCAGUCCCACCAGCGUCCACGAGCUCAAAGCUCAGAUGUCUAUGCUGCUCAAAGGCCACACCCAUUUACAAGCUGAAUUCUGGGUGUUUUUUGACGAGCUCCGCCCACCUCCAGCGCAUCCUGGACAGUUUGAAGAAACCCAUUGGCCAGAAGAUGGAGGCGGCGGGUUGGAAGGUGGAGAGGGCGUCAGCCAAAAUUCAGGAGGCGGGGCCAGUGGCGGGUUUGAGGAGGUGACGUUGCCAGAACUAGAAGAGGAAGAGGAGGGACAUAAGAUCCAACCAAUGACAAACCGGCGUCAGAGAAGGAAGAUGGACUCUCACAGAAACUACAAGGGCUGUGAUUGGUCCGAUAAAGACUGGGUCUGCCCUUGUCGUGAUUCAAAGAUCCAGAAACACAAGAGGAAAGGAUGCACCCGCUGCCAUGGCAAUAAGACCUCAGGGGGCGUGUCCAGGGCCAUGAAGAGUCUGGACCCACUCUACUCUCAGAUAAGUGCUACCCAUGAUGAACCAGCUAACAAAGACCUGGACCUGAAGGGGGGCGACGACAGUCCCCUGCCAGAUCGGUGUGAUGCAUCAUGGGAAGGCUCGUUUCCACUGGCUGAUACAAAAGAGGAGGAAGAGGAGGGUGAGGAAGAAGAGGAGGAGAGGAAAAAGGAACAGAGCCCAGCAGCAAAGAGGAGCAGGAGAGAGGAGACACUGCAACCGCCACCUGUGACCCUCUCCAUCACCUCUACCUGCACCUCCACGAUCUCUACUUCCUCCUCUGUAGCUCCGCCCUCCACUACAGCUUCCUCCACGUCUGCAGCCUUCUGCACUCCUCCUCGGUUAGCUCCUCUUCCUCCUGACCUCCCUGUCUGUGCCAAAAACAUUUCUCUGACUGCGAGCGGGGAGAAAGUGAUCCUGUGGACAAGAGAAGCAGACCGGGUCAUCUUGAAGACAUGUCAGCAAGAAGGAGCCAAUCAGAACACAUUUCAGGCCAUUUCCAGCCUGCUCGGCAACAAGACUCCCAGCGAGGUGUCCCGCAGGUUUCGGGAUUUGAUGCAUUUGUUUCGGACAGCAGCACGUCAGACCAGCUCAGAGGAUGAAGCCCCGCCCAUUGAGACAGAAGCAGCCAAUGAAACGGAAGACUGAUAUUAACCAGUCAGAAGAUCUUAUCCAAUGAAAAAGCAACGCGUCUUUUAUUAAAAAUAAAAGAAAGCAAACACUGAUGUGUUUACUGUCCAUAAAAAAUCUGUAAAUAUUAACGUUCAGAAGAUUUAAUAUUAUGUUGUCUUUUUGUUUUUUAAGUCAAUAAAGAAGUUUUCCAUGA